GUUAUAGAGUGAGUUACCCGAAAGGAAAAUAUAAGCACAUUGUCCAUUUCUAGCCACCAAGGAAAAUGGCCUCGUUAGUCGCCACAAAUCUUUAAAUCUACAAACAAAAGAAAUUCUCCGAAUUUCUCCCCCAAGUUAUCAGCAAUUACAUUGAACGAUCUUCACUAGGGUUCUAACUUCAUAAAUCAAACUCAAUCACAAAAAUGGCGGGCAUUAGAAUGACCACAAACAUCUUCCUCAAUGGAGUUUCUCAAUCGGCGUUUCGGGCAUUUUCAACGAAACGCGUCGCUUUAGCGUUUCUUAGAAGCUCGCCUUACAACGGCUGCCGGAAUAUCAGCUACGAAAGUUUCCGGUGUGCGGCGUCGCAGUAUGGAGAUACUCGGAAGAAAGCGUCGCGUCUAUCUCAGGUCCAGCAGCUUCUUGUUGAAGCUGAAGAACGCGCUUCCUCCGCCGUCAACGAGCCUCCUCCUCCUAAGAUUUCUCUUGAGCAUGUGACUCUUAAUUUUGCAAGGAGUGGAGGGCCUGGAGGUCAAAAUGUUAACAAAGUAAACACUAAGGUAGACAUGCGCUUCAAUGUAAAAAAUGCAACUUGGCUAAGCGAAAGAAUCAGAGAGAAGAUUAUUCAAUUGGAGAAGAAUCGGAUCAACAAAGAAGGAGAGAUAGUUAUUUCUUCCACAAAGACUCGGACACAACAGGGUAACAUUGAAGACGCCCUAUCAAAACUACAGGCAAUUAUUGAUGCUGCUUCGUAUGUCCCACCAGCUCCCACAGAAGAGCAAAAGAAGAAAAUAGCCCAGUUGUCUGCCAAGUCAGAGCAGAAACGACUGCAGGGCAAAAAAGAGCUAUCGCAAAAGAAAGCCUUCCGUCAAAACAAAGGUAGUUGGGACUAAACCAGUGAGCUGGGAUCCCAACUGUUUCGAGAUGGUGAAUCAGAGAUCACGAACUUUACGUCCACUUUCAACCCGUUUCCGGUUACAGAAAAGGGUUGCCUUUUAAGAAGAUAAACUUUCGUCUGUUGUGAAUAUGUUAGGUAAGGUUGUUGCUUGGCUUUUAACGGGUUUCCUCAUGUUACAUCCAACUGUCCAUAUAUCGAACAAUAUGGCAUUGAAACAUACAGAAAUACCACCGAAUUCGGCAAUCUUUUGACUAAA